GAAACAAAACCCGGACAUAUACCGUUAAAAAACCGGAUUUGAUAAUCGGCGAUAGGUCCGGGACUUUUGUGAAAAUUUGGUGGAUUUUGCUUGCCUGCCUACUCAUUGUUUUGGUUGGUUCUUUAUUUCUAUCGGUCAAAAAAGACGAGUCGGCGUUCCAUUUAACCGUGUUCGCAACCCUAAUUCUGUCGAUUCUUCGUCUCUUCUCUGUUCAUUUUAAUUUAUAUCGGCGGCUGUUUGAAGUUUUAUGGGCUGGUAUGGUUGAUUAUUGAUUUUUGCGGCGAUUAAUUUGAUACUGAUCGAGGCUUCGUUUUUGUUGAAAAUAAACUAAUAAAGAGAGAGAUGGAUUUGAUUACGAGCUGCAAGGACAAAUUGGCAUACUUCCGAAUAAAGGAGCUCAAAGAUAUACUCACUCAAUUAGGUCUUUCGAAGCAGGGAAAGAAACAGGAUCUUCUUGAUCGGAUAUUAGCCAUUCUAUCUGAUGAACAAGUUUCCAAGAUGUGGGCAAAGAAGAGUACUGUGAGUAAGGAAGAUGUGGCCAAACUGGUAGAUGAUACAUAUAGUAAAUUGCAGAUCUCUGUGGCCCCUGACUUAGCAUCAAAGGGACAGGCCGUUUCAAAUAGCAGUAACAUGAAAAAUAAAGUGGAACUGGAUGACUCUGUUCAGCCAGAUACUAAAGUUCGAUGUUCUUGUGGAAAUUCGCUGGAAUCUGAGUUAAUGAUCAAGUGUGAGGACCCCAGAUGCCAUGUGCGGCAGCACAAGAAUUGUGUAAUAAUCCCAGAGAAACCCAUGGAGGGAAUGCCACCUGAUCCUGACUUGUUUUAUUGUGAAAUCUGUAGACUCAGCCGAGCUGACCCCUUUUGGGUUACAAUUGCAAAUCCUUUAUACCCUGUCAAAUUGACAACUACAAAUGUUCCAACGGAUGGGUGA